GGGCAAUGCUAAGGGUGUGUGACAUUCACAAGCCAAGCACUGAAUGAAAGCAGCCAGGAGUCAGAGGUUCGGCCGGAACUUAGGAUUCACCAUGGCAGCUGAAGAGGCCAUCAUCCGCAUACCUCCAUACCACUACAUCCAUGUACUGGACCAGAACAGCAACGUGUCCCGUGUGGAGGUUGGACCACAGACCUACAUCCGGCAGGACAAUGAGAGGGUGCUCUUCACCCCAGUACGCAUGGUGACGGUCCCCCCACGCCACUACUGCAUAGUGACCAACCCCGUGUUCCGGGACGCCCAGAACUUGGUCUUACUUGACGCCACAGGACAAGUCAGGCUUCGGCAUGCUGACCAGGAGAUCCGACUGGCCCAGGACCCUUUCCCCCUAUACCCAGGGGAGGUGCUGGAAAAGGACAUUACCCCGCUCCAGGUGGUUCUGCCCAACACUGCCCUGCAUCUGAAGGCCUUGCUGGACUUUCAGGAUAAGAAUGGAGACAAGGUCAUGGCGGGAGACGAGUGGCUGUUUGAGGGACCUGGCACCUACAUCCCCCAGAAGGAGGUGGAAGUUGUGGAGAUCAUUCAGGCCACAGUCAUCAAGCAGAACCAGGCGCUGCGGCUGCGGGCCCGCAAGGAAUGCUUUGACCGGGAUGGCAAGGACAGGGUGACAGGUGAGGAGUGGCUGGUCCGGUCCGUGGGUGCGUACCUCCCAGCUGUGUUCGAAGAGGUGCUGGAUCUGGUGGACGCCGUGAUCCUGACAGAAAAGACAGCCCUGCACCUCCGGGCUCGGCAGAACUUCAGGGACUUUCGGGGAGCGGCCCACCGCACGGGGGAGGAAUGGUUGGUGACUGUGCAGGACACAGAAGCCCACGUGCCAGAUGUCUAUGAGGAGGUGCUGGGAGUGGUACCCAUCACCACGCUGGGGCCGCGACACUACUGCGUCAUCCUUGACCCAAUGGGACCGGAUGGCAAGAACCAGCUGGGACAGAAGCGUGUUGUCAAGGGAGAGAAGUCCUUCUUCCUCCAGCCUGGGGAGAGGCUGGAGCGAGGCAUCCAGGAUGUGUACGUGCUGUCAGAGCAGCAGGGGCUGCUGCUGAGGGCCCUGCAGCCCCUGGAGGAGGGGGAGGAUGACGAGAAAGUCUCCCACCAGGCUGGAGACCGCUGGCUCAUCCGUGGGCCCCUGGAGUAUGUGCCAUCUGUGAAAGUGGAGGUGGUGGAGGAGCGCCAGGCCAUCCCUCUGGACCAAAAUGAGGGCAUCUAUGUGCAGGAUGUCAAGACUGGGAAGGUGCGGGCUGUGAUCGGGAGCACCUACAUGCUGACUCAGGAUGAAGUCCUGUGGGAAAAGGAACUGCCUCCCGGCGUGGAGGAGCUGCUGAACUUGGGGCAUGACCCUCUGGCAGAUAGGGGUCAGUCGGGCAUAGCCAAGGCCCUUCAGCCCUCAGCUCCAAGGAACAAGACCCGGGUGGUGAGCUACCGCGUCCCACACAACGCUGCGGUGCAGGUGUAUGACUAUAGAGCCAAGAGAGCACGCGUGGUCUUCGGGCCCGAGCUAGUGUCACUGGAUCCUGAGGAGCAGUUCACAGUGUUGUCCCUUUCUGCCGGCCGGCCCAAGCGUCCUCACGCCCGCCGUGCACUCUGUCUGCUUCUGGGACCGGAUUUCUUCACUGACGUCAUCACCAUUGAAACAGCAGACCAUGCUAGGCUGCAGCUGCAGCUCGCCUACAACUGGCACUUUGAGCUGAAGAACCGAAAUGACCCCGAAGAGACGGCCAAGCUUUUCUCCGUGCCUGACUUCGUGGGUGACGCCUGCAAGGCCAUUGCGUCCCAAGUCCGGGGGGCCGUAGCCUCUGUCACCUUUGAUGACUUCCAUAAGAACUCGGCUCGUAUUAUCCGCACGGCUGUUUUCGGCUUCGAGAUGCCCGAAGACGCAGAUCCCGAUGGCACGCUCCUGCCCAGGGCACGAGACCGGGCGAUCUUUCCCCAAAACGGGCUGGUGGUCAGCAGUGUGGAUGUACAAUCAGUGGAGCCUGUGGACCAGAGGACCCGGGACGCCCUGCAGCGCAGUGUCCAGCUAGCUAUUGAGAUCACCACCAACUCCCAGGAGGCAGCAGCCAAGCAUGAGGCUCAGAGACUAGAGCAGGAAGCCCGUGGCCGGCUUGAGAGGCAGAAGAUCUUGGAUCAGUCAGAAGCUGAAAAAGCCCGGAAGGAACUUUUGGAGCUUGAGGCCAUGAGCAUGGCUGUGGAGAGCACCGGGAAUGCCAAGGCGGAGGCUGAGUCCCGCGCAGAGGCAGCGAGGAUCGAGGGAGAGGGCUCCGUGCUGCAGGCCAAGCUAAAGGCACAGGCAUUAGCCAUUGAGACGGAGGCUGAGCUGGAGCGAGUGAAGAAAGUAAGAGAGCUGGAACUGCUCUAUGCCAAGGCCCAGCUGGAGCUGGAGGUGAGCAAAGCCCAGCAGCUUGCCGACGUGGAGGCAAAGAAGUUCAAGGAGAUGACAGAGGCUCUGGGGCCUGGCACCAUCAGGGACCUGGCUGUGGCUGGGCCUGAGAUGCAGGUGAAGCUUCUUCAGUCCCUGGGCCUGAAAUCCACUCUCAUCACAGAUGGCUCUUCUCCCAUCAACCUCUUCAACACAGCCUUCGGGCUGCUGGGACUGGGGCCUGAUGGUCAGCCACCUGUACAAAAGUGAUCAUCACGGCAGCUCAGGAAGGCCUGCUUUCCCAGGCUCUCUGAGGCAGCCAUGCCUUAGGUCAACACGGACUGUGCUGACAGCGGGUACAAUAAAAUGACAACUCUAGGCA